AUGAUUAUAAGUGAAUAUUUCAUUUUUAGAUUAUUGAUAUCUAAUUUAAUUGAAUCUUCAAAUAAUAUGAUUUAUUAAAAUAUAAAUCAUAAAAUGUAAUGUAAAUUUAUUAUUCUUGCUAUUAUGGGAAUAUUAUAAAUUUUAUAUUAAGAUUACUUUUCAGAAUUAAAAUAAUUAGAUUAAUCUUCGACUGAACUUUUUUAAAGAAGAAUUAAAAUUAGUAAAUAAUAAGAUAUAUCCAUUAUAAUUGAUGAUAAUAUUGAUUAAGAAGAAUCACUCAUAUUUGGACUUCAUUCUAAAAAACAUUUUGAAAAUUUAAUGGAAAAAAAUUAAGAAUGGCUUUAAGAAAUUUGUUUAAAAUUUGCAAGGAUUUUAAAUAAUCUACAUUCAAUUUUAUGA